AGAAUUUAAGCUCAAGACAAGAUGGAGCUGCAUGUUUAGCUUGAACGCCUCUGCCAUGCAGAAUGGCAGCAAUUCACACGACGACUGCCUUUGUGAAGGCAAUCAAGGAAUCGGCCGACACUCUGAGGAAAAACAUUGCGUUGAUCUAUGAAAAAGAUCCAUAUGGCAGCGACAGUGACGCUGAGGACGGCGAGAAUGAAAACGCAAAAGAAGAAGCGCCCGCAAGGGUGGAAAUCUCGAGCCACACCGAAGCCGUGGUGCAUGAUGCCCGGAAGGUGCCAGUUGCGGAGGAGUCUGACGAUGACAACGAGAGCAGCUCUGCAGUUCAUGUGAAUGCAGUCACUGACGAGCAUUUCUUGGACUUCACCCUGGAUGACCUUCUCACCGAAAACACCGCGGACUUCAACCUGGAACUAUGCAAGCUGCAGGUCGGGCGUUUGUUUGGCAAAGUGCGGAUUGAAGAGCGCAUUGAGGCCGCGAAGGAAAUGGAACAAUGGAUGGAAGUCCUGAACACCUUCCAAGAUGAAUCCCGCAAGAUGCUGGAUGAAAUAGAGGCGACGGCAGACACAGCGGGACAAGGUCUAGAGGAGCGACGCCAGGACAUAGCCACCAUGGUCGGCCAAAACAACAUUAAGAUCACAGAGAUGAUGAAAGGUUUCAUGGACAAGGCAGCACAGACGCGGCUUGACACCAUGGACAUGCUGCGGGCCAGGUUUACUCGGAAUGCUUAUGACGACUUCUGGGAUGGGCUGCAGACUACCAUUGACAGGCAAAGAAUGCGGAGAAGAAGCCAGAUCUCGGAAGAACAUGCCGCAGAAGUGGUAGCGGAACAAAAACGCAGAGAGUCGCUUGCAGGAGGAUUGUCAGGAGUGGUGCCUGAAGAAGGUGACCAGACGACCCCAAACAUGCUGGCCGCACAGAUGUUGGAGGCAAUCUCAAUGCAGCAAGAUGAGACAAGCUACAGGAAGACACGAGUGGAAAUGGAGUCUGGCAAAAAGCAGCAGUACGAGAACCUGCUUCAGCUGGCGGCGGGCGGUGAAGAACCCGAGGAGGGCGCAGGCCAAAGACUGUCCGAAGCUGAACGCGAGCUCCUCUCCAAGGUACAAGCUGAGGCCCGUGUGGCAGCCUCCGAAAAGCUGCUGAACACAGAGGAGGGACAAAGGUUGGCAGAGAGGGCAGGUGGCAAGAACUUCGAGGAGCAGAAUCAAAUCGUCUUUGAGUGUAGGAACUUGGAGCAGAAGGCAAAAGAGCUCGAAAAAGAGCUGAACAACACGACAACAUCAGAGGAAAGAAUCAAGGAUCUCGAGCAGCAGCUUGCGCUCAAGAAAGCUCAGCUCGACCGUGAUGCAAGGCGGUCAGAUAGGAAGGCGAAACGAGAACAGAGCCGUGAAGCUGCUGACCCGGACGCAGAGGAAGUGAAGGCUCCCGAGGCAUCAGCAGUCAUCGCAGAGUUGCUGUGCCUGGUGCCAGGAAUGGAAGUGAGUCUGCAACAGGUGCAAGAGGCUUUGGAGAGACUGCAGCGCACCUUCGAGGCGGAGAAGGAGAGGGCGCUGAACGAACGCAUGGAGUCAGCCGGCAUCAAGCCUGAUGACUUGUCCAAGUCCAAAGUCGACGUCUUGCACGAGAGACUUCAGAAGGUCAAGGACGAGGCGCAGUUCCUGAUGGAGGAGAGGACCAAGCUGGAGCAGGAGCUGAAGCCGCCGAAGCCGGCCAAGAAGCCGAAGGCAGCGGCCGCGCAAGCCGAGCCCGAAAAGGAGGAAAUUGAGCACACGGAGCAGGUGUUACAGUGGCAGACGGCUUGCGCGGCGAUUGGCUUCCUCUUUGACGCCAACGGCAUGCCCACCAUGACUGACGAGGUGCCACGUCUCAUAGACAUCAAAAGCGUCGUGGAGUCACGGCCAUAUCUGGCUGCUCUUACAAAGGCCUGCCGGCUGCUGGAAAUGCAUCGGGAGACCUUAGUCCAGCAGCUCGUGGCGAGCGGCGAGCUCCCGGAGCAGCUUGAGGACAGCCAGGAUGUCUCCCGCGCCGGCGAACAGCGCCGGCAGCCUGCUAGAGGAGGCAGAGAUGGGAGCAGCAGGGGGAGAGAGGAAGGAGCAGGACGAGCGGGACAAGUAGGAGGAGGAGCAGGCGGAGGAGGAGGCAGAGGAGGAGGAGGAGCUGGAGGAGGAGUAGCAGGAGGAGGAGGAGCAGGAGGAGGAAAGGCACCACCAAGAGGAAGAAGAGCAUCAGCAACAGGACCAGGAGUCGAAAGAGAAUCCGAGCGAGAAUCGGGCAAAGAAGCUGGCAGGGAGGAAGGAAGACGGGCGAGCAAGCAGGGAAGGCGAGCAUCCAUGGAGAAGGAGAUGAGACCGCCCAAGAGAAGAGGCAGGAUGGCGCUGAUGGGAGCGCUUUGCUCGCCGGAAGACCUGCCCACUGUGACAGAGGAGGCGAAGGCCAGCGUGCUAGGUCUGCUCAACACGCACCGGGAGCUGGAAGACCUGCGCAGUCAAGUGAAGCACCUGGACACCCGCAUUCAUCGAGCAAAGAUACAGAAUCAAGAUGGCAAGAAGGACAGCCGUGGAGGUGACGACGAUGAGGACGAUGGUGGUCCAGACGAGAACCGCGAGCUGAGACGAGAGGUUCAACGGAAGCAGAAGGAGCUGAAUGGACUGCGAAAGCGUUGGGCGGAAGAAAAAGGCACUCGAGAGAAGGCUGUUCAGCGCCAGUCAGCCAUGACAGGAUCGGCGGUGAGGUAUUUGGUCAUGGGCCGGCAGGAGGCUGCAAAAGCUGAUGACGCGGCCUCUACAUCCUCUUCGUCAUCUUCAUCCUCAAGUUCUGACUCCUGACUGGACAGCCAGUCACAACAAAAUGUCGAUUGGCCUUGCACCAACGCCAUAGCAUAGCAACAGCCAGCUUGGCAGAGGUUCGUUGCAGAGUGCAGGACUUUCGCCAGCCCUGAAUGCCCAGUGCUUGCAGUCGGCUAGUUUUAUGGAUAGCGUACCUGUCUAGACAGUGCGCCGGCAUGCGUGACCAAAUCUCGACACUGAGCCGAAGGCUCGUGCUUGCAGAUUUGAGAAUCAGUUGUGAGCAGACUGCGACGGA